GGCGGAGGCGCAGUCUCAGUCUUCGUCGUUGUGGUCGCCGUACCGUAACCUCAACAUCCCCACGAUCAACCCAAACAAUCCUUCACCAUUCAGCAGCCUGUACAAAAUCUCAUAACCCUUCCUCCCGCAAUACCCAUAUCUGUCAGUAAGCCAUCUUUGUCCAACAUCGGCAUCAUACCACACCGCACGCAGCGCUGGGCAUCGAAUCGCAAAUUACCCGCCCGCCUGGGCGCAUUUAGACCCCCAAGCCCGAUGCAGGUCGUCAGCAAUGGGGAAUAUCGGUAGCCGAAUCGACGACGGCUCGGUGCUAUACUUGAAAGAUCAAGGGCGUUUCUCCAUUACUUCGAUCACAGUCAGCAAUGGACGGCGGAAAGUCCUGCUUCAUGUUACACCCAAUGCAUAUCCCGCCUCACGUCUCGUGGGAAAACUAGAUGCCGCUGAUUAUAGACCAGUCUCUUACAUCCAGGAUCCAGAAUCACCAGGCCUCUUGUUCCUACCUAGACUAGACCUCGAAGAUGAACUCGAUGUACGAUUUACGUUCGCGACUCGACAGAAUUCGGGACCGUUACCUGCCACGCCCUCUACAGCAACUGCAGCUGUCGAUACCACCAUCACCGGACUUACUUUUGCCUAUGCUGCCAAUGCGAAAGAGUUGGACACCCUGGUGACUCGAGAGUUUCAUGCGGAUCCCAAUCUACACAAGAAUUCCAAUGUACAAUUCAUAGGCGACUUUGUCACAAAUGGAAGCCCGGUCAUUUCAUACGAGUGGAAUUGGCGGUGGAAGCCUCCGAAACCGUACGAAGACAAGGGUGGUGGCUGGCGGAACUGUUGCAGUUUUCUCGAGUACGAUUCCCGGGCGCAUCGAUUGAACACCCUGGCCUCAUUCGCGUUCUGGGUGAACAAUGCUGCGCUACCAAACAUGACCCCUCUAGCUUCACCAAACCUCGAACUCAUGGUUCCGCCCCAGCGGCGUAUGCCUUCGAGUCAGUCAUACCAGUCAGCAAUAAGUGAUUCGGAGGAUCGCCCUGACCUGCCAAAUCCACCCUCGCCUCAUUUCCAGUCGGUCGAUGUGAGCUCGACUGCCUCAACGGCUGCGGCUUCAAGCAUUGCGCCCUCACUUCCCGUGAUUGAUGUUCAGUGUCCGCGACCAGGAGAAGACGUCAGCGCGGUCGAAGAUGGUCCGGUCUUCAGAGCCACCAUGAAAUCUCUCGAACUGAAAACGGGCUCCAUGAGAAUCCAAGUCAAAAAGGUACUCAAGAAGGCGGAAGCCGCUCAACAAGCGCAAGUCGAGUGCAAUCAAGCCAUGGCGGAAUUUUUACGCGCGCUUCAGGAGGCAUCUGCCUCGAAUGCCACGGCCUUCAAACCAGCCCUUGAUCACUAUUUCACAAACAUCGCGCAAAGGAUAUUGAAGUAUGAGAAAGAAAACAGUUCGCUCUUGCAGAAGCAGAUCAUCGAUCCAAUAUCGAAACUCUACAAUCUCGACAUCAAGCAGGCCGAGGCCAAAAAGAAGGAUUUUGAAGAUGAAAGUCGCGACUACUACGCUUAUGUCAGCCGUUAUCUCGGUCAGCGGCAGGAUUCUCUGAAGGACAAGAAAAGAGCAGAGAGCGAUUCCAAGUAUCAGAACAAGAAGAAGAACUUCGAGCUCAAAAGAUUCGACUAUUCCACGUUCAUGCAGGAUCUUCACGGCGGUCGCAAAGAACAAGAACUACUAUCACAAUUGACCAGAUACGCCGACGGUCAGGCACACUCGUUUCUUGCAGCAGCUAAAAGAGUCGAGACCCUCAUUCCCCAGUUGGAUGCCCUUGUUAAAGAAGUGGGCGAUGCUGAUAAGGAGUACAACCUGCAAAGAACUGAACGGGAAGAGAAACGUCGGAAUCUGGAAAAGAACGGUCCCAAUUCUGUGGAAGGUGAUACACCUUAUCAGCCUCCGUCCACGACCUCACAGCCAACUACGCAGAAUGGUCAGACCGGUUACACCUCAGACACGGACUUGAGCAGGGCAGACAGUCAGAGCUCGCAGUUUGGUAGAUCCUCGGUCAAUACCUUGUCACCAGCCACCAAUGCACCAUUACAGGGAAUCCCGAGUGCUGCUUUAUCCACGUCGCCAUCAGCCUCUUCAAUAGCGCCGACACCCAACAAAUUCAAGGGCAUUCGUGACCUCGAUGAAAGCGCCGUAUCGAUCAGUGACAAAGCAUCAAGUGGGCUGUUCAAGAAAGAAGGAUUGUUGUGGGCUUUGAGUAAACCCGGAUCUCACAUAGAUCCCAAAGGUAUCAACAAGCAAGCCUGGCACAAAUUCUGGAUUGUGCUUGACCAGGGAAAGCUUUCCGAGUACAGCAAUUGGAAAGACAAACUAGACCUACACAGGGAACCCAUCGACUUACGAAUGGCUUCAGUGAGGAUGGCUCGAGACGCCGAACGCCGAUUCUGUUUCGAGGUCAUCACUCCUCAAUAUAAGCGAGUUUACCAAGCGACGACAGAAGACGAAAUGAACAACUGGAUAAACGCCAUCAACAAUGCGCUCCAAAAUGCCUUUGAAGCAGGCGGACUGGCAUCCCAGCAAAGCUCCAAGGACUCCGCUGGGCAUGAAUAUGGCCAUAUGCUCACGGGCAAGAGCUCGUCGCAAUCUGGACCUCACGGCUAUACUCAGCGACACGAUGCACCGGGAGUCUCGCGACGGACCACUGUGGGAGCUAGACCUACCUACACCAGGACGAGCAGCAACAGCUAUGAUGAGAAUCCUGCCAAGCUCCUUGAUCAGAUCAGAAACCACGACCAAGGCAACCAGCUCUGCGCUGACUGUGGGUCCACCUCCAAGGUCGAAUGGGUUUCUUUGAACCUGGGCAUUAUUUUGUGCAUCGAAUGUGGAGGUAUCCACCGUUCUUUGGGUACUCAUGUGUCCAAGAUACGUUCCCUCACGCUGGACGUACACUCCUUCACCAACGAUAUUGUCGAGCUUUUGAUGCUUGUUGGCAAUCGUAUCAGCAACAUGGUCUGGGAGUCUUUGCUGGACCUUUCAUUGAAACCGGUACCCACUGCCACGCGAGAGCAGCGGUUGAGGUUCAUCACAUCAAAGUAUGUUGAGCGGGCUUACGUCGAUCCCGUUUCGCAGUACGGGACUGCUGAUGACAUGCUAUUAACGUCGAUCAAGAAGCAUGACGUCAAGGGCGUUCUCCAGGCCAUUGCUCAGCGCGGCAACGUCAACGCGCAGGACCGUUCCAGAAACACUCACGCAGUGUUUCUGGCUUUGGCAGCUGCGGAUCCUGCUCGACCAGUUUCGUCUCAUUCAGCGACACCAAGCAAAUCCAUCAAGGCAUUUCCUAUGGCCGAGCUGUUGGUUCAAAACGGAGCAGAGAUCCCCACCGAGCCACCUGCUAUACCAUUGUCUUCGGCUGCGCAACUGUACAUCGAUCAGAGGACCGCUCGAGCAACGGCCGCCAAUGGUGGUCACGGAGAUACACUUGGUCCCCUACCCAUUAUGAACGCCAGAAUUUCACCGUCAGCCUCCGAUGGUCACGCAAGAUUGCAGAAGCGAAGUAGUGCCGGUUCAAGAUUCGCCGGCAAAGUGACAGGGCUGGGUGAACGAUAGAGCCGUUAUCGGUCAAAGGUUCAGGUCGACAUUGCGGUACCGAUUCUUUGUGAUACGUUGGGGACAAUCAGCAGCCCAUCGCUUCUGAACGUGGGGUCGGGUUUGAGCGGUUCUUUGGCUCUUCCUGCUAGGGUUUUGUAUUUGGGGAGUACGGCGAAUCUAUGAUGAUGUUUUAAUGAUUGAGAUGUAUGAGUGUAAUGCCCCAACAAGAUCAGGACACCUUGUUCGACUGUACCUGGGAUUGGGAUGGGGGCGCAAGGCAACCUUUGGGAGACCUGGACUCUUUGGGCGUGGCUUUGUGGAUUGAGGAACACCGUCGAUCUGGUGAGGAUUGCGGAGAGCCUGGUAUGGCCUGUUGACCCAUGGGCAAUUGGGUACACAGAGAGCUUUUAUCUAUACAUUUGCAUUGAGUAAGAGGAAUGCCUAGCGGCAGGUAAUUGACUCGAACCGUCAGGCUAGACCUGAUUGUUUUUAACACUUGGGCACCUAUCUGGGUAUCACUAUAGUAUCGUUAAGACAUGGUUAAGCAAUUCAUAAUCAAAA